AUGAAAAAAUUCUUGUUCUCAAUAAAAAAUUUAAAACGAUGCUGCUAUUUAUUAGUUUUUCUAGUUCUCCUGCAAUACUUCCUAUAUUAUACGCGAAAAUAUAAUUUUAGUGACUUUUCUGUAGAGAAGCAGCAGAUUAAACUCCUUUUUGAUCCACAAGAUAAGAUUGAUUGGGAAAAUACAAGUUUUAUUCAAUAUGAAGCAAGUCGAGUUGGUCCUGGCGAACAAGGUAAGCCUUAUAAGUUGACGGACCCAGAUGAAAUCAAGCAGAAUGAAGAAUAUUUAAAGAAAGAAGGUUUUUAUGUGCUUGUUAGUGAUAAAAUUUCGCAGCAGAGAGCUCUUCCGGACCAUCGACCUAAUUCUUGUAAACACAAAAAAUAUUUGAAGAAGCUGCCAAAAGUGUCUGUCAUCAUCACUUUUCAUAACGAAGUAUGGAGCGUGCUAUUGAGAUGUAUUCAUUCAAUUUACAAUCGUUCACCACCUGAGCUACUGCAUGAAAUAAUUUUAGUAAAUGACAAAAGCACAUUUGAAGAACUUUAUGAGCCACUUAAGAAACUUGUGACUGGUGCAUUCGAAGGAAAGAUUAAGAUUCAUGAUAAUGAGAAGCGCGAAGGUUUAAUAAAAGCAAGAAUGAUUGGUGCGAAAUUAGCAGAAGCUGAAGUGAUAAUUUUUCUCGAUUCUCAUAUGGAAGUAACAAAUACAUGGCUGCCUCCAUUAUUGGAACCAAUUGUUUAUAAUCCAACGUAUGCUACAGUUCCACUUGUCGAAGGAAUGAAUCAUGCAACAUUCGAGUAUGAAUUUAUUGGUCAUGGUUAUAGGGGAACUUUUGAUUGGAACUUUAGAUAUCAAUGGAUUCCAUUUAGGGAAGAAAGAGCAGAUCCAGGACAGAAUUACAAUCUUUCAAGCAUGACAGGAGGAGCUUAUGCGAUUCGCAGAGAACAUUUCUUUUAUCUUGGUGGAUACGAUGAAGAGUUGAAGAUUUGGAAUGGAGAGAACUACGAGUUGUCAUUAAAAUUAUGGCUGUGUUCAGGUGGAAUUUUUACAGUUCCAUGCUCUAGGAUAGUUCAUUUAAGUAAGCUACGUAGUGCUUAUAGAGAUUUAGGUGAUGGAUCCGACUUUGUUGGCAGAAAUUUAAAGCGAGUCGCUGAGGUUUGGCUUGACGACUACAAACAAUAUUUUUAUAGAAAUGACUUAAAACGCUAUAGCAAGAUUGAUGCUGGAAAUUUAACAGAACAAUUCAAAAGAAAGGAAUUGCUCAAGUGUAAACCUUUUAAAUAUUUUCUUGAUGAAAUAGCACCCGAAAUGCUGCUUUACUAUCCAAUUGAACCGCAAUAUUUUGCUGCAUUUUCAAUACAGCAUAUGUCAUCUUUAAGAUGUAUAAGCCUCAAUAAAAUGAGCUAUCACGAACGUUUGAUUCUAUCAGGAUGUAACUUAGACUUAGCAAAUCCUCCCACAGGAACAGGUUUCAAAUUAACGUUUGAAAAAAGCAUUAGAUACAAUGACACUAAUGACCAAUGCUUAAAUGGAAAUACGUUGGCACUCUCAAAUUGUCAUCAUGCAGGAUAUGAGCAGCAUUGGGUAUUUAAUUUAGACUCGAGGCAAAUUUAUCAAGCAUAUGAGAAGAAAUGCUUAGCUGGAAGCGAUACUGAUGAUUCACUAACAUUAGAAUUAUGUGAUGAUAGUUUACUAAGUCAAAAAUGGAGGUGGGGAUAUGAAAAUAUUACUGCCUUAAUGAACUGGGACAAAACAGGGAUUAAAGUCAAUUGA